AUGGCCUCGAGCCAGGGUGAAAGUCCGCAGCAUGUGCUGCAAAGUUCCCAAGAGAACGAUCCGUCCUCGGAAGCUGCUAAGCUGGUCCGUGAGAAAUUGAAGGACGCAGAGAUCAUACCUACUGUCAUUGACGACUUCAAGCCCUCCCUGGGCCUCCACGUCACCUGGCCGUCCAAGGAGCAUGCCCUGCUCGGCAACACACUCACGCCCAAGAAGCUACAGGACGAGCCUUCCAUCGCGCUACACGACAUACAAGCCGCCACCUCCUCGCCCAAUACCUACGCCUCCAAUGUGUCCUAUGUCAUCACCCUGACCGACCCCGACGCCCCGUCACGCGACAAACCCAAGUGGUCCGAGUUCUGCCACUGGAUAGCAUCCGGCGUGCUGAAGCCGGCAUUGUGCGACCCCAAGGACCCUGGCGGGUGCCCGCCCGUGCUGUCGGACCUGGAUGAGGUCACGUCCUACAAGCCUCCCGGGCCGCCCAAGGGUACGGGGAAGCAUCGCUACGUGUUCCUGGCGUUUGUUCCCAGCAAUGGGACCACCGACAAGUUGCAUCUGGUGAAGCCGUCCGACAGGAAACAUUGGGGUUAUGAUCCGGAAAAGGGGAAGACGAAAGGAGUGAGGGAGUGGGCGGCGGAGAAUGGACUUGCUCCGGUUGGGGCAAACUUUAUCUAUGCCGAGAAUGAAUGA